CCGUCCCUCUCUCUCGCAAAAUGGCGGCGACAGCUCCUGCUCCGGCCCCUCCGGCAGCCGCCCCGGCGCAGCCCCCGGCGGCGGCUCCAGCCACCCCGGCGGGAAACGCACCCUCCGCCGCCGCCGCCACCACCGCACCUCCCCCGCCCGCCACCCCGGCACCGCCACCGCCCGCACCGCCGCUUUCGGCCGCGCUCUCGGGCCCCUUCCCCGGCGGCCGCGUGGUGCGGCUGCACCCGGUGGUGCUCGCGUCCAUCGUGGACAGCUUCGAGCGGCGCAACGAGGGCGCGGCAAGGGUCAUCGGGACGCUGCUGGGCACCGUGGACAAACACUCGGUGGAGGUCACCAACUGCUUCUCCGUCCCUCACAACGAGUCCGAGGAUGAGGUGGCGGUCGAUAUGGAGUUUGCCAAAAACAUGUACGAGUUGCACAAGAAGGUGUCUCCGAGCGAGAUCAUCUUGGGCUGGUAUGCAACAGGCCAUGACAUCACUGAGCACUCUGUCCUGAUCCAUGAGUACUACAGCCGGGAAGCACACAACCCCAUCCACCUGACUGUGGACACCAGCCUCCAGAACUCCCGCAUGAGCAUCAAAGCCUAUGUCAGUGCCCCAAUGGGAGUCCCUGGAAAAACCAUGGGUGUGAUGUUCACACCUCUGACAGUGAAAUAUGUUUAUUAUGAUACAGAGCGGAUAGGAGUGGAUCUGAUCAUGAAGACUUGUUUUAGCCCUAACAGAGUGAUUGGCUUAUCCAGUGACUUGCAGCAGGUGGGCUCAGCCUCAGCCAGGAUCCAGGAUACCCUGACCAUGGUGCUCCAGUAUGCAGAGGAUGUCCUGUCUGGCAAAGUGGCUGCUGACAACACUGUUGGGCGAUUCCUCAUGGAUCUCAUUAACCAGGUGCCAAAGAUUUCUCCAGAGGACUUUGAGACAAUGUUGAACAGCAAUAUCAAUGACUUACUGAUGGUAACCUACUUGGCAAACCUCACACAGUCACAGAUUGCUCUCAACGAAAAACUUCUGAGUUUAUAGAAGAAACUUCUGCCACCCCACACUUCAGAGAGGCCGAAGAACAAGCAGACUCACUUUUCCAUGGUGGUGUUACAAAGUUCCUUGGACUGUUAAUUCAGUGACCCAGAUGACUGCUUUACAUCUGUAAUUCCCACUGCCUUGAGAAAUCCUUAACGUGGUUUAGAAAGUGAAUGGAAACAGCUGCAGUUUGGUUGAGCCCCGGAUUUUAAAAUGGAAUAUGUGAGUCUCUUGUCUCCCAGGUUUAUCUACUUGUGUAGCAAAAUGCCACUUUAUUGUGAGAAUGGGUUUGAAAUAAAAAUUCCAUUGCAAUGGCAAGAGUUGCCA